UUUCCUCUCAUCUAAUUAAAACAAAUUGACGACGAUGGGUGACCGCCACGCACACCAGCAGCGCCUUCAUCAAAGUCAGAAAGGUCCUUCAGCUUCACAAAUUCUGGCUAUUGUUACUCUUCUACCUGUUGGUGGGACACUUGUUUGCCUCGCUGGCAUUACUCUUGUUGGCACUUUAAUUGGGCUUGCUCUUGCAACUCCAGUUUUUCUACUCUUUAGCCCAGUUAUUGUACCUGCUACGCUUACUAUUGCCCUUGCUGUUGCUGGAUUUUUAACUUCUGGUGCUUUUGGUAUUACUGGACUUUCAUCUUUCUCUUGGAUUCUCAAUUAUUUCAGACAAGGUAAAUCGAUGGUCCCAGAGAGUAUGGAAGCGGCAAAGAGGCGUAUGGCGGAUGCUGCAUCGCACUUGGGGCAGAAGACGAAGGACGCCGGACAAACAAUCCAGAGCAAAGCACAGGAAGGGAAAGAAGGAACCAAGACUUAGUUAAUUUAAUUUUAUGUUUUUAAGUUGGAAAAAUUAAAAAAAAAAUGUAUGCUAAAAUUAAUGUGCAUUUUAAUUUUUUUGCCCCUCUUUUAAGCUUUUUGGUGUUUUUUGUGCGAUGCAAUGUGAUGUGUUAGUUCGUCCUAUUUAAGAAA